GUCAUAUCUUCGGUGUCAGUCGCUGUUUUCCUCUCUAUCGGUUCGGAUGCGUUUGGCAAGGGAAAGUCCUGCAAACUGAAGAGGAAAAACAAACGUGCGCGCGAAAUAUUUACGAUACAUAUUCCUGGCGAGCUUAUUAGCGUCGUAGUUUGGCGUCGAAAUCGUAUUCAACAAGUGGAUUAGGUUUUUUUGAGAGAAUGGCUCAACCGCCCGUAAUUAGAAACUUGAAAGAAUUGUUGGAGCCAGUACUGGAACCGGGGAUUACAGUGCUGGGUUAUCAGGCAUCCUUUCUGACAGCUCCAGGAGAUAAUUACGGAAGCACAAUGUUGGCUUUGACGGUGGAUACAAUCAAUGCUGCCAAUGAGACGAAACAGCUACCGCUGGUGGCCAAGAUGAGACCUGCGAGUGAGGAAUUUUUGGAGAUAUUCCAGAUUGAUGUAACGUUCGUGAAGGAGGCAGCAGUUUAUUCGCAGAUUGUCCCCACAAUGGUGGAGCUACAACGGGAAGUCGGCUUUCCGGAAGCGGAAAUAAUUGACGUUUUCUGUCGUUGUUACAACACAAGAGCAUCGCUGGAUCCCAGCUGCAGGAAGGUGGAUGCGGACGGGGUGAUGCUAUUAGAGAAUUUGAAGCUUGCUGGCUACAUUACCGAAGAUCGGCGGAGAGGCUUCAGCCGAGAGCAGGCUGAAUUUGUCCUAAUGAAACUUUCUCUGUUCCAUGCCAUUCCCAUAGCAUUGCGUUACCUGAAACCGGAUGUUUUCAAGACGAACCUGCAAAAGUUUCUGAUCAAAUUCGAUAUUGAUGCUGGCCUUAGUGCUCAGACCGUCGAAAGGAUGAUAAACGUAAUGCGUACUGAUUUAAUCAAAGCCGGCGUGGAGGAGCAACUGGCGGUGCGAGUAAUGGCGUUGGUGGACGAUUGUCGGCAUCGUCAAGCGAAGUUAAUAUCGGAUGAAAUGACAGAAUAUUGUUCGAUGUUGCAUAAUGAUUUGUGGGUCAACAAUAUGAUGAUAAAGUAUGACGAUAGCAAAAAACCAAUUGGUUUGAAGUUUGUUGAUUUCCAGCUUAUCCAGAGCGAUUCCUUGGUACGGGAUGUUUUGUUUUUCCUGCUCACAAGUGUCAGCGAUCCUGAACUGGAAACUACAAUAGACGAAUAUUUUGAAAUUUAUUUCAAAUAUUUGCUGUCGAAUUUGACCAAACUAAACAUUCCUAAUUUGACUCGAUACACUUACGAAAGUUUUAAGGCUGAAAUUGAUCGUAUUGCACCGCGGGAAAUUUACCACAUACUGGUGAUGCUAAGAGUGGUGCUGGCUAAGAAGGAAUCGAUCCCUGAGCACAGUGAACUUGAUGCGGAGUUGUUUUGUAGGGAGAACCUCGUCGAGAAAGAUUUCUACGAUAAACUAUUGCUGGUGGUCAAAAUAUUCAACCAAAAAAAGUGGGUCUAGUGAUACUGACGCGUCGUGAAUUUAACGAAACAAAUUGUGAACGUACAAAUAGUGAUAUGUGUUACAUACUGUAGUAAGAUAGGAAAUGAUUGGCAAACAAAAAGAUUGAUAGUUUCUUCGAUAAGAAAACCAAAACAAUGAAAUUACUCUGGUCAAUAUUAUUUUAAUAGGUUGUUUACACAAAGCUUAGAACCAUUCCAAUGUACAAUUGACGAUGGCGCGCAGAUAGGUGAUUAGUUGACUAAACUAGUUAAUGAUUAGUGUAUAGUGAAAUAGUGCCAUAACGCGGCGUUAAUGUCAAGUACUGGUGUCAUUACAUUCGAAGAAAUGAAUAAUAUACUUUGUUGUCGAAAA